UAGGCCGGGCAAGAUGGCGUCGGGAAGUGGGUCGAAAAAUGCAGACUUCCGUCGGAAGUGGGACAAAGAUGAGUAUGAGCAACUUGCACAGAAGCGAAUUACAGAAGAAAGAGAAAAGAAAGAUGGCAAACCUUUACAGCCCAUUAAGAGGGAAUUACUCCGACACAGAGACUAUAAGGUGGAUCUGGAGUCCAAGCUGGGAAAGACCAUUGUCAUUACAAAGACCACUCCACAGUCUGAAAUGGGAGGCUACUAUUGCAAUGUCUGCGACUGUGUGGUGAAAGAUUCAAUCAACUUCUUGGACCAUAUCAAUGGCAAAAAACAUCAAAGGAACUUGGGAAUGUCAAUGAGAGUAGAGCGGUCAACACUCGAUCAAGUCAAGAAGAGAUUUGAAGUUAAUAAGAAGAAAAUGGAAGAAAAGCAAAAGGACUACGACUUUGAAGAGCGAAUGAAAGAGCUUCGGGAAGAGGAAGAAAAAGCACGAGCGUACAAAAAAGAGAAACAGCGGGAGAAAAAACGUAAAGCAGAAGAAGACCUUGGAUUUGAAGAGGACGAUGAAAUGGCUGCUGUCAUGGGUUUCUCAGGCUUUGGGUCAUCAAAAAAGGGUCACUAGUUCUGCAGAACCAUGUGGGCAGCUUUUUUUUUUUUGUAUUUCCUAAUGAAACCUAUCUUUUUAUAUAGACAAAGCUUUUUUUUUUAUAACGAUAUACCACUUUGACACUGGCUAACCACAGGGAAUGAUGGGAGUAUGCACCCAGCAGCCAAAACACACAAUGACUAUUACUGUGAAACUUUUUUUUAUUUAAAGAUCUGCAAACUUUAAUGCUGUGGGCUAUUGGUCAGACUUUGCCAGUGGCAAGGUGCGCUUUCUUUUUUCUUCCUGUUUGAAAUGUGUUACAUGUAUAGUAGGACAAAUCUGCUUGUGAGGCAGCCCUUUCACUCUGAUCCAGUAGAUUUUCAUUGUAGUAAAGUAAAACCUAUUGCUUUUAAUAAUUA